UAUUGGGAAGAAAAACUGUAACCGAGAGGCCUUAGAGAACCGCUCGAACGGAGAGGAAAAACCCAUCCCUGGCAUAAAGCUUGGAAUAAAUCAAUGGACUGAAUGAAGACUGCCUAUAACGCCUAUCGAUGCCUGGCCAAGGAUUUGGAUGCGUACGCCAUGAACCCAGAGAUGACAAUGGACAUUGGCAACCUCCACGGUGGAGUGAGCCAUGAGCAGGACUUGAUGAGCCACAGCCCCCAUCACAAUCGCAACCCGGGGGCUUCGUUACGGAUACACCAGGAUCUGAGCGUGGCUUCGUCGCGGAGCGCGAUGGUAUCCAGUAUGGCUUCGAUUCUGGACGGCGCCGGGGGAGAGUACCGUCCGGAGCUGUCUCUGCCGCUCCAUCACGCCAUGAGCAUGCCGUGCGACACGUCCCCGCCCGGGAUGAGCGGCACCUACACCACGCUGACCCCGCUGCAGCCUCUACCGCCUAUCUCAACCGUGUCCGACAAAUUCCACCAUCCGCAUCACCAUCACCACCACCACCACCAUCAGCGUCUCUCUGGGAACGUGAGCGGGAGUUUCACUCUCAUGCGGGAUGAGAGAGCUCUGCCGACCAUGAACAACCUCUACAGCCACUAUCAUAAAGACAUGAGCGGGAUGGGUCAGAGCUUGUCCCCCCUGGCCAGCAGUCCGCUCGGCAAUGGCCUGGGUUCCAUCCACAACGCCCAGCAAACGCUCCACAACUACGGCGCGCACGGCCACGACAAGAUGCUGAGCUCCAACUUUGACGCGCACACUGCCAUGCUGGCCAGAGGGGACCAGCACCUCUCCCGAGGCCUCGGUGGCCCAGCGACGGGCCUUAUGCCCCCCCAUUUGAACGGGAUGCACCACACCGGGCAUCCGGGCCACCCUCAAUCCCACGGGCCCGUGUUGGCUUCCAACCGGGACAGACCACCCUCCUCCUCUGGAACGCAAGGUUCGGGACAGCUGGAAGAGAUCAACACCAAAGAAGUGGCUCAGCGCAUCACAGCCGAGCUGAAGCGCUACAGCAUCCCGCAGGCCAUCUUCGCGCAGCGGGUGCUGUGUCGCUCGCAGGGCACCCUGUCCGACCUGCUGCGGAACCCCAAACCCUGGAGUAAACUCAAGUCGGGACGGGAGACGUUUCGCCGAAUGUGGAAAUGGUUACAGGAGCCCGAGUUUCAGAGGAUGUCGGCCCUUCGGCUUGCAGCAUGCAAAAGAAAAGAGCAGGACCCGAGCAAAGACAGGAGCAAUACACCAAAGAAAUCGCGGCUGGUUUUCACCGACCUGCAGCGGAGAACACUACUGGCCAUCUUUAAAGAGAACAAACGUCCAUCCAAAGAAAUGCAGCUGACCAUCUCGCAGCAGCUGGGACUGGAACUGAACACUGUAAGCAACUUCUUCAUGAAUGCACGCAGACGCAGUCUGGACAAAUGGCUGGACGAGGGGAGUCCAGGAAACAUGUCCACCGGCAGCACUUGUACCAAAGCGUGA